AUGGGUCCGAACAAAGGCAGAUCGCGCGCGCACCAAUCACAAACGAAUGCCCUGCCGCAGCCGUCAGACUACGAGACUGAUGCUCCCCAAAACAUCGACUACCCACCACCACCACCGCCUGGGCGCUCCAAUGAAGAGCUCAACCUCUCUGUAAUCCGCCGCCACUACCCCGAUGUUACUUCGAUACACUAUGUUGCUCCAUACGCCGUCCUAUACGCUUUUAGUCUCGAGACACAACAAUGGGAGAAGGUCGGGGUUGAAGGUAGUCUCUUCAUCUGUGGACUGGUGCCCUUUGCGACUGGGGUGGAGCGUUAUGGUGUCGUUAUUUUGAAUCGCCGCAGCAUGGACAAUUUCUACAUGGAGAUCACAGGCCCCGAUGGCUUAGAAUUUACGGACGAGUACAUCAUCAUGCAAGGGGAUCAAGUGUAUGGCCUGUGGAUCUUCUGCGAACCGCCUCCGAGCAGCACAGCCAACACACGCAUUGAAACCGUAGCCAAAAUUCAAGAACUAGCUAUUCUUCUGUCCCCAUGGGACGGCAACUAUCACUUAGGGGAGCUUUUCGGACAACAGCGUACACAGGACUCCGCGUGGAGCGUCGUCAAUCAUCACAACGCACACGCACAAGCACUGCACCAAGGCUAUCAACCUAUGCCGGGCCCACACCCCGGUCAGCCUGAUAUGCUUAGCCAUCUUUUCAUGAAAGCUAAGCAAGACUACAAUCAGUUUGGCUAA